AUGAAUGGCCCUGACAUGGAGGAGCGAGCGGCGCCCCAAGUCAAGAAGGCGAGGCGGAAGAAGAAGUGCUGCCGCGCUUGCUGCUGCUCGGCCGGGCCGGCGGCGACGCUCCCUCCUCCUCCUCCUCCUGCAGCGGCCCCAGCCGGGGGUGCCUCGGCGGCCGCCCCCCCGGCGCUGCUGGACGCCGUGGCCUGCGAGGACCAGUUCGACUGCAAGGAGCUCGAGUCCCUCUUCCAGAACUACAACCUGAAGCUCGAGCAGACCUCCACCCUCAAGGCGCUGGCCGUCCUCAUCGUGCUCACGGCCGGCCUGGCCCUCGUCGAGCUCCUGUCGGGCCCCAGCAGCCUCACCAUCACCAAGGGCUCCCACCCCGUCCACUGCAUCAUCUUCCUCUCCCUCUUCAUCGUCACCAACGUCAAGUACCUGCAGGUCACCCAGCUGCAGCAGAUCGUCAAACUCACCCUCCUCUUCGCCUUCACCUUCGCCUUCCUCUGCUGCCCCUUCUCCCUGGGCGCCUACGGCCUGGAGCCCCCCAGCGCCCCCGAGCAGGGCGUGUGGCAGCUCAUGCUCGUCACCUUCGUCUCCUACGCCCUCCUGCCCGUCCGCACCCUCCUGGCCAUCCUCUUCGGCUUGGUGGUGGCCGUCUCCCACCUCAUUGUCGCCGCCACCUCGGUCAGGGCCAAGAGGCAGCCCCUCUGGAGGACGCUUGUGGCCAAUGCUAUCCUUUUUGUCAGUGUAAAUUUGUAUGGGGUCUUUGUGAGGAUUUUGACAGAGAGGGCACAGAGGAAGGCUUUCCUUCAGGCCAGGAACUGCAUAGAGGACAGGCUGAAGCUGGAGGAUGAAAAUGAAAAACAGGAGCGACUCUUGAUGAGCCUUUUGCCCAGGAAUGUUGCCAUGGAAAUGAAGGAGGACUUCCUGAAGCCGCCUGAAAGGAUUUUCCACAAGAUUUACAUUCAGAGGCACGACAACGUCAGCAUACUGUUUGCGGACAUUGUUGGGUUCACCAGCUUGGCGUCACAAUGUACCGCUCAAGAACUGGUGAAGCUUCUGAAUGAGCUCUUUGGGAAGUUUGAUGAAUUGGCUACAGAGAACCACUGCAGAAGGAUAAAAAUCCUAGGUGACUGUUACUACUGUGUAUCAGGACUGACGCAGCCCAAAACGGAUCAUGCCCACUGUUGUGUCGAAAUGGGAUUGGAUAUGAUUGACACCAUCACGUCGGUAGCUGAAGCCACUGAAGUAGAUCUCAAUAUGAGAGUCGGCUUGCACACCGGGAGGGUGCUUUGUGGCGUCUUGGGUCUUCGCAAAUGGCAGUACGAUGUUUGGUCAAAUGAUGUGACUCUUGCUAAUGUCAUGGAGGCCGGAGGGUUGCCUGGGAAAGUGCAUAUAACAAAGACCACCUUAGAGUGCCUAAAUGGUGACUAUGAGGUUGAACCAGGGUAUGGCUAUGAAAGGAACAGUUUCUUGAAGAAGCAUAAUAUUGAAACCUUUUUCAUUGUGCCAUCUCAUCGGAGGAAGAUAUUUCCAGGGCUUAUUCUCUCAGACAUAAAGCCUGCCAAAAGGAUGAAGUUCAAGACUGUCUGUUAUCUGCUGGUCCAACUCAUGCAUUGCCGUAAAAUGUUCAAAGCUGAGAUACCUUUCUCCAAUGUCAUGACCUGUGAAGAUGAUGACAAGAGGAGAGCAUUAAGGACAGCCUCUGAAAAGCUCAGGAACCGCUCUUCUUUUUCUGCUAACGUUGUAUACAACACUCCUGGAACGCGAGUGAACCGAUACAUUAGCCGUUUAAUAGAGGCCCGGCAAACGGAGUCGGAGAUGGCAGACCUAAAUUUUUUUACCCUGAAGUAUAAACAGAUGGAACGUGAGCAAAAAUAUCACCAGCUUCAGGACGAAUAUUUCACCAGUGCUGUAGUCUUGUCACUAAUUCUAGCUGCCUUAUUCGGCCUUGUCUACCUUUUAAUAAUCCCACAGAGUACCAUAGUCCUUGUCCUCCUGGUGUUCUGCAUAUGCUUCCUUGUGGCGUGUAUCAUGUACCUACAUGUCACUCGAGUACAAUGUUUUCCAGGGUGCCUGACAAUACAAAUUCGAACCGUUUUGUGUGUUUUUAUUGUGAUCUUAAUUUACUCAGUGGCACAAAGCUGUGUGGUGAGUUGCAUGCCUUGGGUCUGGAGUUCUAAUUCCAGCAGUUCCAUAGUUAUCAUUUCUCCCGGUGGGACGAACGAAACAAUGAGCGAACUUCCAUGUGACGCAGCCCAUUAUGCGUUCCUCUCCUGCGUGGUCGGGACUCUGACCCUGGCAAUAUUUUUACGCGUCUCUUCCCUGCCAAAAAUGAUCCUCCUGCUUUUUGUUACAAUUUUGUACAUACUCAUUUUGGAACUCAGCGGAUAUCGAAAAGCAGUGGGGGGCGGCUCCUUUUAUAUACGUGGCUAUGAACCCAUAUUAGCCAUUUUGCUGUUUUCCUGUGCUUUAGCACUUCAUUCUAGACAGGUGGAUUUGAAGCUACGUCUGGACUACCUCUGGGCUGCACAGGCAGAAGAAGAGAGAGAUGACAUGGAGAGAGUGAAGCUGGACAACAAAAGAAUUCUCUUCAACCUGUUGCCAGCGCACGUUGCACAACAUUUCCUCAUGUCUAACCCAAGGAACAUGGACCUGUAUUACCAGUCGUAUUCACAAGUGGGAGUGAUGUUUGCUUCCAUUCCAAAUUUUAACGAUUUUUACAUUGAGCUGGAUGGCAACAACAUGGGAGUAGAGUGUCUGCGCCUGUUGAAUGAAAUCAUUGCAGAUUUUGACGAGCUUAUGGACAAAGAAUAUUAUAGAGAUAUUGAAAAAAUCAAGACUAUUGGCAGCACGUAUAUGGCAGCGGUGGGGCUUGUGCCGACGACCGGCACCAAGGCAAAGAAAUCAAUCUAUUCCCACCUCAGCACACUGGCUGAUUUUGCAAUAGAAAUGUUUGACGUUCUUGAUGAAAUCAACUAUCAGUCUUAUAAUGACUUUGUUCUGCGAGUUGGUAUUAACGUGGGCCCUGUAGUGGCUGGUGUUAUUGGUGCCAGAAGACCCCAGUAUGACAUCUGGGGAAACACCGUAAAUGUCGCUAGCAGGAUGGAUAGCACAGGAGUGCAAGGUAAAAUUCAGGUUACAGAAGAAGUCCAUCGAAUAUUGAAAAGGUGCAAUUAUGAGUUUGUGUGUCGAGGCAAAGUCAGCGUCAAAGGCAAAGGCGAAAUGUUGACUUACUUUCUCGAAGGAAAGUCUAAUGGGAGUAACUCACAGACGCGGUCUUUAAACCUAGAACGUAAAAUGUACCCCUACGGACGAGCCAACAUUCAGACUAAACUGGGCACCAGCUGCCCGUCUAUGUCCUCCUCCCCCAGCCUACCAGCCAAUGCUGGAGCUGCAACGCUCCAACCACCAUCUGCCCACACAAAUCUGACGCUCCAUUACCUUCCUUCUGUGCCAGCCGUCAAGGAGGCGUGAGAGCAAUGGAAACACUGGUUGUGCCAUUUGCAUCGAAGACGGAGAGCAAAGGUCACCUGAAUUCUCCACCAAGAAGCUUAAGGCGACAGGAUUUGGGUACCAACCAAGGAUGUCUACAACCCAACCAAAGAGAACUUGGGAACCACAUGUACGAACUCUUGGAAUGGAUCAAAUAAGGGCUAGCAAUUCUGUUAGAAAAGUCUACUACUAAUUUUCUGAAGAUAAGGAAUAUUUUCUUGGCAAUUUUAAAGGGUCAUUGGGAUGUGAGAAAGUCAUGCGAGUGAGAUUGAAUAUGUGCAUAUAUAUAUAUAUGUGCGUGUAUGCGUGUGUGUGUGUGUGUUGGGAACGGUUGACACUCACCAGUGAAUUUUAACAAUCAUUGCAUUGGUGUUUGUCAUCAUAGCUUUGAUAGUGUUUCUUUUUCAAUGAAUGUUGGCAAUCGCUGAUUUCUGACAUUUGCAGUGCCAAUCUUAUCUGUCUCUCUCUCUAGAUAUAUAUAUGCACAUAUAUAAACAUUUCUGUAUUCCCUAUAUAGAAAUGACAGAGAUUUAUAUGUAUAGAAUAUUUAUUGAAUUACAUCCUGCAGUGGCAAAGGGAGAGAAAGCUCCUGCUAUCAUAUCCAAGGGUUUUACCUAAAAUUUUUGUAACUGCUGACUGGGUGGGAAGUAUAGGCUAAAUGAGAUGUAGCUAAGGCUGUAGAAAGAACUGUCAAGAGUCCUUUCCCGCAACACUUUUUUUGAAAAAGAAACCAAGAAAUAGCACUUAUUUUAAUGGAGGAUGUAGCUUUUUUUAAAAAAUGCUAUGUUUCCACAUUUUGUACUGCUUUCCAACAGCACACAGUUGGGCUGCAGGUAAAUCACUUAAGAUGAGUUGGAAUCUAUCAAAAGCGAAGUCUCAUUCACACGUGUCUCUAGCUACGUUAGAGUCAUAUCCCAGAUGGCUACAUAAAUACUAAAAUGCUGUCGGUAGGACAAAUUGCAUGAAUGAUUCCAACAUUGGCUUGUCCCCUGCCUGAGAGGGAGGGAGGGUGGUGAUAAUUGGCCGGAGAGGACUCGUGCAUCUGGAUGGGUGUGGAUGUACAACUCCAAUUUUUAGAUAUGACCUGCAUUGACAAGAGAUGUAAUCACAGAGAAGCAAUUCCUAUGCAGCUAGAGAGGAACAUGUGUAAAUGGGCCUCCUGCUAGUAAUCGGGGGUAAAUCCAGUUCGCCUGUGGAUAAAUUCCACAAAGUGGAAGUGCAGACGCCAAAAGGGUACCCGUAAGGUGUUCAAAGUUAUGCCUUUUUCAGUGGGUCAAAUGGCUGACGAUUCAUACCGGCUUUUAUUAGAAACCAUUUGCCAACACAUCAGUGUCUGAAGCCAUUCUUUCACAGAUCUUGAUUUGUGUAGUGGAUUUGUGCUCAGCUUCCAUUCAGAGAUUCUCAUUGGCUAGCUUAUCAAUAGAGCCACAUUUAAUUUCUUGGCGGUUUUUUAGAGCUUUUACCUUCUCACGUUUUU